UGAUGUAAACAAACCAUGAGCUGAGUCAGAGAGGAGGACGAUAGUGUGGGGGUGGAUUUAGGAGUGUAAUGCACUCGCGGACACCUCUUUUACUUUUUAAUUCGGAUUUAUAUUUUCUUAAUCAUGUCACAACGCUCAGACACAGGAGAUGAUAUUCCUGAUAGUGUAGUUGUAACUUCUGUAGUCGCAAAAGCAAGAGGAAAAGCGAGUUCCGCCCACCGUGCAGCUCCUGUGACGGUAGUUGGUCUCGUUACCCCUCACCUCCCUCCUACCCACCAAGACGAGGACGAUGAUGUAGCCCUCCUGUCUGACCCUGAGCCAGUGGACACCACAUAUCAUGAAGACUUCUUGCUCCUGUCAGCUUACAAGUAGCUGUGGAGAAGAUAUCGGAAUUUCCUGGUACAAAGCGAUGUUCUUGAUAAUCAAUGCAGCCCUGGGAGCAGGGCUCUUAACGACUUUUCAUGAAUCUGGAGGGAUUGUCUCCGGUAAUCUUGUUCAUGCUGUGUUUACAUCAUUAAGUCUUGGGUCUCUCGUCAUUAUCACAAGAUGUGCCAGUGAACGCAACUGUAAAACUUAUCAGGAGUUGGUCCUACACAUGUGUAGUCCAGGGUGGAAUGUGAUAGCUUCUGUGUGUGUCUCCGUUUACUGCUUCGUCACCUGUAUCACCUUCAUAAUUAUAAUUGGUGACCAGUUUGAUAGAGCAUUUGCAUCAUUUGUGGGAAGUGAUUUCUGUCAUACAUGGUACUUAAACCGAAAGUUUACAAUGACAGUAUCAUCAUUGCUGCUUAUCUUCCCAUGCUGCUUUAAGAGAAUUGAUGGUCUGAGAUAUAUGAGUUAUGUUGGAGUUUUGUCAAUUUGGUACUUGGUGGCAAUCAUAGUAGCAGAGUAUUACAGUUAUUCUUAUAACAAAGGGCCUGUCAUCUUCUUUGAUGUCCAUUGGACUCAGAUAUUUGACGUAGUCCCAACAAUAUGCUUUGGGUAUCAGUGUCAUGUGAGCAGCAUACCCAUAUACUCUUGCUUAAAACAUCAAGAUGCAUCAACAUUUGCCAAGGCUUGUGUCUCAGCAAUAAUAGUGUGUUUCGUGGUGUACACUGCUUCUGCCAAUUAUGGUUACCUAACAUUUGGUUCACUGGUGAAGGGUGACGUGCUUCUGUCUUAUGAUGCAAGAAAGCCACAAGUUCUCACUGCAAUCAUUCUCUUGGCUAUUAAAUCAUGGACGACCUACCCAAUUCUCAUGUUCUGUGUGAGGGAGGCUGUUGGAGAUCUUUAUAUUCAGUUGAAGUCUCUGUCUCCUGCUGAGGCCACUACAAGUGAACCAUCGGCCUUAAGUACUUACACACACAUACCUUAG